GGGGGCAUGGGGAUGGGGAGGUGAGACGCCGCCGCUUCCGCCCGUCUCCAAAAUGGCGGCGCCCUUUGUCCGUUCCGUGUCAGUCUGAGCCCUGCUUGCCGAAAUGUGACUCACCUGCGGGUCCCGGGAUGGCAGCUAUGGAUUUCCCUCAGCACAGCAAGCAGGUCCUGGAGCAUCUGAACCAGCAGAGGCAACUAGGCUUGCUGUGUGACUGCACCUUCGUGGUGGACGGCAUUGACUUCAAGGCGCACAAGGCCGUGCUGGCAGCCUGCAGCGAGUACUUCAGGAUGCUGUUUGUGGAUCAGAAGGACGUGGUGCAUCUCGACAUCAGCAAUGCAGCAGGCCUUGGUCAGGUACUGGAGUUCAUGUACACAGCCAAACUCAACCUGAGCCCAGAGAACGUGGAGGAUGUGCUAGCGGUUGCCGGUUUCCUUCAGAUGCAGGAAAUCGUCAAUGCUUGCAAUGCUUUGAAGUCUCUCACCGUGUCAGCUGAACCCAAUUCAGAAAGCCACAAGGUCCCUGAAGUGACCGGGGAGGUGAAAGCACCCGAAGAAGGUAAAGCAGCGGCAGAAACGCUCGGUGGACUCGACAAAGCUGAGCAGGUCCCAUCUGAUAGACAAGAGGAGGAGCUGACGGAGGCUGCAGCGAAGCCAAAGGAGAAGGAGCCUGAGGAAGAGGACAGCAAGGAGACCAGCCACAGAGCAGGUGCAGGCGACGCUGUACGGGAGGACGCCCACUCUGAGGUGCCCAGUAGGCAGCAGCCAGAGGGUACCAGGCCCAACAACACCAGCCCGGCCGCAAAGUGCAGCUCCUCCCAGAGUUCAGAGCAAGAAAUGGAGGUGGAGCUGGAGGGGAAGGAGGAAGAGGAGGAGACGACAGCGGAGGAAGAGGAGGAAGCCAAAAUCCCAGAGGAAGAGAAGCCACGGUUGGAAAACGGAGACAACCCUGAGGAUAACGAGUCAGGGGGCACAGACUCCGGGCUGGAGAACUCCGGGGAAGCCAGGCUGCUGCGAUCAGGCACCUACAGCGACAGGACCGAGUCGAAAGCCUACGGCUCGGUGACUCACAAGUGUGAGGACUGCGGAAAGGAAUUCACGCACACCGGUAACUUCAAGCGGCACAUCCGGAUCCACACUGGAGAAAAGCCUUUUUCUUGCAGGGAAUGUAACAAAGCGUUCUCCGACCCGGCGGCCUGCAAAGCCCAUGAGAAGACACACAGCCCUCUGAAGCCCUACGGCUGUGAAGAGUGCGGCAAGAGCUACCGGCUCAUCAGCCUGCUGAACCUGCACAAGAAGCGGCACACGGGAGAGGCCAAGUACCGGUGUGACGACUGCGGCAAGCUCUUCACCACCUCGGGCAACCUCAAACGGCACCAGCUGGUGCACAGCGGCGAAAAGCCCUACCAGUGUGACUACUGCGGGCGCUCCUUCUCCGACCCCACCUCCAAGAUGCGCCACCUGGAGACCCACGACACAGACAAGGAGCACAAGUGUCCUCACUGCGACAAGAAAUUCAAUCAGGUGGGGAACUUAAAGGCGCAUUUGAAGAUCCACAUCGCGGACGGGCCGUUGAAGUGCCGGGAAUGUGGCAAGCAGUUCACCACGUCAGGGAACUUGAAGAGGCACCUGCGGAUCCACAGUGGAGAGAAGCCGUACGUGUGCGUGCAUUGCCAGAGGCAGUUCGCGGACCCCGGGGCCCUGCAGCGGCACAUUCGCAUUCACACAGGCGAGAAGCCCUGCCAGUGCCUGAUCUGUGGCAAGGCCUUCACGCAGGCCAGCUCCCUCAUCGCCCACGUGCGCCAGCACACCGGAGAGAAGCCCUACGUGUGUGAGCGCUGCGGCAAGAGGUUUGUCCAGUCCAGUCAGCUGGCCAACCACAUCCGUCACCACGACAACAUCCGACCGCACAAAUGCAACGUGUGCAACAAGGCCUUCGUGAACGUGGGCGACCUCUCCAAGCACAUCAUCAUCCACACCGGGGAGAAGCCGUUCCUCUGCGACAAGUGUGGCCGCGGCUUCAACCGCGUGGACAACCUGCGCUCCCACGUGAAAACCGUGCACCAGGGCAAGGCCGGCAUCAAGAUCCUGGAGCCGGAGGAAGGCGACGAGGUCAACAUCGUCACCGUGGCCUCGGACGACAUGGUCACGUUGGCCACGGAGGCGCUGGCAGCCACAGCGGUCACGCAGCUGACAGUGGUCCCCGUGACGGCCGCCGUGACGGCAGACGAGACCGAAGCACUUAAGGCGGAGAUAACCAAGGCCGUGAAGCAGGUGCAGGAAGCAGACCCCAACACGCAGAUCCUCUACGCCUGUGACUCGUGCGGGGAGAAGUUCCUGGAUGCCAACAGCCUGGCCCAGCACGUGCGGAUCCACACGGCGCAGGCCCUGGUGAUGUUCCAGGCCGACACGGACUUUUACCAGCAGUACGGAGCCGCCGCCACGUGGCAGGCUGAGCAGGUGAUCCAGUCAGGGGAGCUGCUCUUCCGAGCCCGCGACGGAGCGGAGGUGCAGACCCCCAUGGCUGAGGAGUGCCAGAACCCUGCAGAGUGAAUCCGCAGCACCGGGCCAGUCAGGAGGCCCCCGGGAGUGGGAACCAGGAGAGGAGACGGAUCAUGCUACAGCGUUUGGCUACUAAAGGAAGCAGGAGCCCACAUGGGGGCGCUGCUGAGUCAGCUGCUGGUCACGUGCCGACCAGUUAUUUAAAGACAGCUCCAUGGAUUGAUGUAAAAAUGUAUUUCUGUAAUGAGAGAAUCCACACUAAGUUGUGUAAUAUCUAGAGAAAAAUAAAUCCCAUUAUUUUCUAAA